AAAAGAGAUACGAAAGUAUAUCCAGCUUUAAAAAAAAAUAUUGCAAAUUUGGAUGUGAAAUGGGAAUUGAUUCUGAGCCCGCGAUUCUCCGCAGAUCGUCUCGAUUAUUGUUGCCGUGAUACGUGACGGUCUUUUGUUUCGAAGGUAGCUUGGUUUCGAGAAAAGCGAGAUUAGACGACAUAGGGCGAAACGCGACGUUCGAAACAUUCUCGAUUCGACUCUCCGCAUUUCCCAUCCAACGACUGCGACAAGAAUGUUCGAAGAACAUUGCGUGCUGCAGUCAAUGCGAUUCCCGCAGAAGCUCUGGCGAAUAGUGAACGAAUGCCAGACCGGGGCGAUCCGAUGGGGCGCGCAUGGCGAUACCGUACUGCUCGAUUACAAGAGAUUUCAGACAGAGUACUUGGACGCGCGCCGGCCCAUCUUCAAGACGAGCAACAUCACGAGCUUCAUUCGACAGCUGAAUCUUUACGGUUUCCGCAAGGUGACCUCUCACAGCCGCGACCCAAUCUGCAAUUCCUACAAUCCGCACGUGCAUGAAUUUUUGCACGAUAAUUUUCGCGCCGAUCGUGUCGAUCUGUUGUCCAAGGUAUGCCGAAAGACCGGCGGAAAGAACAAAUGCUCGCAGCAUGAGAUUACGAAAAGCGCGGAGGAGAGUCCGCGAUUACAAGCGAAUUGCGUAUCCCGCUUAAAACUUUGUCAGUUGGCUUUGACUAAAACUCUAGAGCAAAUUAUUCAAGAAUAUCGGCGAGAGCAUGAAAAAAGGCCAAUUGUAAUGCAGAGAGAGGAUAAUAAUCUGAAAAAAAUAACAAACUCACAAGACACAGUUCCCCUUUCGUACGAGAUCGAACUUAACAAUGUUCCAAAUCGAAAAUCUGUCCUAGAACAAAAUGAAGAAUAUUCUUCGUUUCUUCCUUCAAACAUCAAUUCAGCUAAAGGCAAAACAAUGUUAUUACCUUGGCAUAUCGCUACGACAGAUAAAUGCAAUCUACAUUUUAACAUUCCAAACAUUCAUUGAAACUGCUGAUUUUAAUGUUUUCUCCCAAGCAAUAUUUGUAUUAUUUAUGAGAAAGUUUCCUGAUGUGAUAUUUUCUAUCUGUUAAAUUAAUAUAAUGUGGCAAUAAAAUUAAUUACCACACAUUAAUAAAAUAUGUAAAUGUGUUUGUUAUAAUUUAAAAAAGAUUGUAAGAUCUUGACGAUGUUGACAUGUAAAGCAAAUAAAAAAUAGCAAGAUCUAUCUUUAUGUAAAUAUAGUCAACAUUAUCAAUAAAAAUAGAGAGUUUAAAUAAAAUUUUAUUUAUUUUAUGGAAAAUAAGCU